UGCUGUUUUCUGUCUUCUAACAAAAGAGAGCACGAGAAGAUAAUCGAAUCUUGUUUUGGGUUUUUUACAUAAGAAAAAAAAAGAAGAAGAAACAGAAUGAAAUCAUCACUGGCAAUUCUAGUUGGGAUUUUGUUUCUUCAGAAAACUGUCCAGAUGUUGCCAACUGGCUUCAAUGACGAUGAAAAGACGUCAUCGACAGACGAAAUGGAAUCCAGAAACAUACCCCUAAAGAAACGCAACUAUGUGUGGCAUGACAGUUACGAAGAGGGUCAGCACGGCCUUGACCUCGCAGAAACGCACAGUUCAAAGGUUAAACGAUCCAUGGACUACAAUUCUGGUCCUAGCUGGCAGUAUCCCAGCAACCUCAUGGUUCUGCUUCGCGGACAGGGCAAGCGGAGUUUGCCGAUAACUCCCGAACUGCUCGAAGUGCUUGACUCGGUACAGAUUCCGGGCGCAUACCCAAGAAAGAGGUUUUCCGCAUACACGAAAAACUAUUUGCGCGCAGCCGCACCAGUGAGCUCUCGACGAUUUAUGGUCUGGAAAGAUGGAAAUUACAUUCUGGGUUAAUCCCCGUAAAAACAACAACAAAAAACAACAACAAAAAAACAAACAACAUAAGACACAUUAUACAUUUGUAUGUUAAAAACUGCCUUGUUACUAUAAAUAAACGAGUACGAAACAUUUUAUUUUUAGAUUAGACCAAAAUAAUGAUUAGAAAAUGCAAAGCUGUUUAUUGUAGGUGAUGUGAUGUCGUGGGUGCAGGGACACGUUGUAAGGAGGAUGGGGUGUGGCUACAUAUGGUGGCAAAUUAAAUUAAAGGGACAGACCUUAGUUUCAACCCGUGAAAAUUAACACUUAAGUUUAGUUAAUUUACAAAUCUGUAACAUAUUUGGAUAAAGUUACAAUUUAGUGACUAUGACUUUGAAAUGAUUAAAUACCCUCUAAACAUAGAUUAAAACUACUCCAUAACUGUUACUUCUCAGACGCACGGGCGUUUUUAAAAAUAUGAGAAAUUCAUUUUGUGAUAUUGAAAACACCAGGAUGACCAAAAACAUUUGGAAUGUACGGAAAUGGAUAACCUAAAC